CCUUGUCUCACUCUUACUUUGCCGUGUUCUUCAUACCCCACUUACUUGUGCUCGCUGCACACACCCCUUCACUCCUGGAAACGGCACGACCCCACGCGCCGAGAAAUGACCUCGGACGACGACAACAACGACCACGACCUCUGUUGAAAACACCUACCCCUGCGCGCGCGUGCUUGCUUCUCGCCCCCCUGCCCCGCCCUCGCAGCGACAUUCGACUAAAGCUUUAACCCUUCCCUCCUCUCUCCUCCUCUCACACCCACCCACUAGAACCCCUCCACAAUGUCGUUGACGUCUAUCGCGUCGGCAGCCACGCCAGACGACUUGGCGUCCCUCGAGGACCAGACAAGUGAAACACUCACUACGGCCCUCGCACAGCACUUUAACAGAAAACAGGUCUACGUCCGCUGUGGUCCCGUCACUGUGCGUCUGCUGCUCGUUUUCCCUCUGAUAGCUGACCCUCUCCAGAUCGCGCUGAACCCCAACGACCCCGAUAUGGGCAUCUAUACCGAGCAGGUCCGAAGACAGUUCGCCGAGGCCGUCGUCGACGCCAGCGACACGCACGUGUACGGCACGGCGGAGCAGGCGCUGCGCAGUCUGAGCGCCGAGGGGAGCCAGAACCAGACGAUUGUGAUCACUGGCGAAAGUGGAUCUGGAAAGACAGUCACCUGCGGACAUAUCCUCCAGUACCUGUGGGAGCGGGGCCAGGUGCAGCACUCGCUCCCGACAUUACUGAGCGACAUUGAGGUGGUGCUCGGCGCGUUCGGCAACGCGCCAACAAGCCAUAACCAGAACUCGAGUCGCUACGCAAAGCUCGUCAACGUACACUUCGACCCGAGCAACACCAAGGUGGUGGGCACGUCCAUCUCCGCCUCUCUACUCGAGCUGGGUCGCGUGACGGCCGCGCCGGACGCGACGUUCCACAUCUUGCGACACGUCGCCAACGACGACAAGGCCGAGCUUGCGCCCAUCGACGCCGCGCUCAAGUCGUUCGGGCUGGAGCCCGAGACACAGGAGCAGGUGUGGUCGAUCCUCCGCGGUAUCCGGCACCUGGUCGAUGGCGAGCAAGGCCCAGAUAAGGACUCUGUUGGGCGGGCGGCCGACGCGCUGGGAUUAAAGCGCUAUGCGCUGAGCCGCGCGCUCAGCCACCGCUCCGUGCGUGGUAUUGCUACGGCGCGUAGUCCCGAGGAGGUGGUCGCGGCGCGGUAUGGCCUUGUGCGGACACUCUACGGCCGUCUGUUCGAGUGGCUCGUGUCGCUCAUCAACACGACGCUCAAGGCGACCUUUGCUAAACUCGACCACGCAGAGGAGGGUGUCCCAACCAAGGACAUCACUGUCGUCGACAUUUUCGGUUUUGAGCAGUUUGGCACGAACACGCUGUCGCAGUUCCUGAUCAACUGGGCCAACGAGCAUCUGCUGCAAGCUCUCUACAGCGUUGUCCUUCACCGUCAACGCGAGGAGUACGUUGCCGACGGCAUUGCCAUGGGCGAGGCACCCAACCUGCCAAGCUGCACGGCCACGCUGCAGGAGAUUGCACGCUGCCUCAACGACGCGAGCAAGAUCCGCACCGCGGCGGCGGGUCAGAGUGUCCAGGCGUUCGAGGUCAACCUGUCGAAGUUGAAGCUCGAUGGCCUGACGGCACACGGCGUGGGCGACUUUAUUGUCGACCACUAUGCUGGCCAGGUUCGGUACACGACCACGGACUUCACCUCAGCCAACGCUGAGCGCGUAGACACAACUAUUGACUCAUUGCUCGCUCUCUCCACCACACCACUUGUCAUCGAACUCGCCAAGGCCGGCGAGAUUGACCGCCGCGGCGCGAUCCCCACCAUCGCGGCUUCAUUCUCCACAUCGCUCAAGUCGCUCAAUGACCAGCUAUCGUCCACUCAGACCCGUUACAUCCACUGCAUCAAGCCAAACAAGCUGGCGGAGAAGUGGAGAUUUGACCAGGAGCUCGUCACGCAGCAGGUGACUGCCUGUGGUAUUGUCCAGGUCGCCCGCUUCGCCCGCGAUUGCGGCCCACAUCGCCUCGACCACUCCUACUUUGUCCAGAGAUUUGGCCCGCUUCUUGCGCCGAUUGUCGAGGAAAAGGCGCUGCAGGCGUCCGACACUCACCCUUCCCUCUUCCUCAAGACCAAGCUUCCAGAAGCAGUCUCGUACCUCAACAGCAUUGCCCAAGUGGAGCACGGCGUUCAACUCGGCAAGGCUUACGUGUACCUCAACAGCGGGGCCGUCAACGUGCUGCAGCCCAAGCUGUCAAAGGAGCACAAGCGAUACGUUUGGAUCGGCCAGCGUGCACGUACUCAACUUGCACGUCAGCGCCUUGAACGGAAGAGAGCGGAUCUUGCAGCUGCCAUCGCAAAAGCAAAGGCUGAGGCUGAGGCGAAGCGGUUACAUGAGGAGGCUGAGGCCAAGGCCCGUGCCGAGGCUGAAGCUCGGGCCAAGGCGGAGGCAGAGGCCAAGGCCAAGGCGGAGGCCGAGGCCAAGGUCCGAGCAGAGGCUGAGGCCAAGGCACGCGCCGAGGCAGAAGCUCGUGCUGCCGCGGAGGCGGAGGCGCGAGCGGUGGCAGCCGAGGAGGCGCGCCGCAAGGCGGAGGCUGAGGAGAAGAUUCGCCGAGCCGCACAGGAGGAGCAGCAGCGACAGUUAGCUGAAGCGCGUGAGCGUGCCAUCGCCGAGGGACACGAGAAGAAUGCGCAGGCCGAGGCACGACGACGAGCCGAGGCGGAGACGCAGGCUAAGCUGUUCGACAAGGGACCAGGAGCGGCAUCAUAUGCCAUUCCCGCCGCCGCCGCGGCUGUUGCUGCUGCUGCUGCCGGCGCGGCGGCAGUGUCCUCGCGUUCGAGAAAGCCGGUUCCUCCGUCAUCAUCACUGCCUUAUCUCGCGGACGACGCGUUUGCGGACGCUCCAGAGGAGCCACAUGUGGAGCCAUCGGCGUUGGCAUACCUCGACCAGGCGGAGGUGCCUACCACACCCGCCGAGAAGCAGGUGACGCCGAACAGCACCGGCUCAUCGACAAGCGCGCGGUCACAGUCGUCUGCUCGCUACCGUCGCGGCUCCACGAGCUCGACGACGGCGACUUCCGCCCAGGCCAUCAGCGACGCCGAGAAGGACACGUCUGUCUCUGCCAUCGUGGUCGACGAGGACGACAACGACGAGCUCGUGACGGACGACACAGAGUCCACCGUUGGCCCCGCUGUGCCUGGCAAGCCGUCCCCGAGCUCGUGGAAGUCGAGCCAGCGCAAGAACACCAAGCCUCGCAUGAGUAGCGACAAGGAGUUGCCCGCACUCCCGGACACACCGACCAAGGCGCCGAGCAAGCCAGUGGAGAACCCCCCUUCGCCGACGAUCACCAAGGCGGCCUUAACCACACCAGUCAAGGUUGCUGAGACACCAGUCAAGGUUGCUGUUUCACCGAGCACCGCUGCCACGCCGCUGCGGACGCCGAAAUCCGAGUCUGACGGCCCCGGUUCUGCUGUUAUCACCAGACCCAGCCCCAGAGGCGUCUUGACGCCGUCUGGCAGAUCGAUCAACUCGCCGAGCGCCGCACUGCCCUCAGCGAGCCCACCGGCUUUGGCGCCGCUCGCACCGCUCAACUACUCCCUGCGUGCGCUGUCGCCAAACGGCAACAUCCACAUGGUCACUCCCCCACCCAACCUGUGGAAGCCGCUCCCUCUGCGCCCCAACACCAAGCGUGAGAGGCGGCGGUCGCUCCUCAUCGACCGGGGCGUGGAGCAGGUGAUUGUUGACGGCCUUGUCACCCGCCUUGUGCGCCCGACGGAGGACCUUGCCGUUGCAGCCGCAGCGGCCAUGCUGCUUGCACUCUCCAUCACGAGGCUGUUCGAGCUCGGUGAAGACUCGUUGGGGCAGCAUGUCGCAUCCCAGAUUGUGCGCACGGUCUGGUGGAGCAUCAAGGAUGUCGACACAAUGCCGCCGCUCAAGGAGGUGUGGUGGCACGCCGUGCUGGCGAGCUCGACGGUCCGACUGCUUCCCGAGGAUGUGGCCGGCCGUACCGAGCUCCCGGGCUUGAUCCGGAGUGUCACCUCGCGCAUUUUGGUGCACCCUGCGCUGAUAAACGCUGCGGGCUUCAACCAGCGCGUCAUCCUCGAGUGUGAGACUGAGCGUCUGGAGCCAGGACUCGACAGGCUAUGGAGCAGCCUUGACCAGCUCCCCCAAGACUUGAUGGACGGAAGUGCGCUUGUGUCGGUCGAGCGCUCGUUCCUGGAGGUGGUAGGCAACGUCGUCAAGAUGCCUAAGCUCGACCCGAAGCACGGCCUGCUGAUCAAGGAGGGCCUUGGUAUUGUAUCAGAUUGGCGCCUCACGCACAGCAUCCCGUCCCAAACGUUUGAGGCGUUUGCCAAGAUGCUGUUCGAGGACCUGACCUCGAGCUCGCCAAGCCCCGAGUUCCAGCACGCCCUCGCCCAGCUGCGUCGCAGCACAAAGUACAAAAACACCAAGCAGGCGGCCGACCUCGCGCUGCAGCGCCUCAUGCCCGACGCGCCGUUCGACUCGAUGACGCCGAGGCUCGAGGCCGCGCUGGGCGCCUACCUCAACACGAUUACGCCGCCAGUCGAUGUCGACGACGCGGCGAACCACUUCCCCGGCAAGAUUUUAGCGACCGUGCUGCCGUGGCUGCGUGCUGCGGCUGCGUAGUGGAGAGUGGUGUAGCCGGGUGUGGAGGAGAGCCUGUCGCGGGCGACGCGCUAGUUUGGUCCUGGGUAUCUGUUGUAGAU